GCUGCUACGUUUAAUGUUUGGCUCAUAAAUAUCAAUAUAUUUCUUGACUGGACGCCCAAAGAAGGUUACUUAAGCAUCACCAGCGUGACCUUAUUAAUAUUAACGAACCAAGCCGUCGCCAUAGUAUGCUUUUAGCGAGCCAGCAAAACUCUCGUUCUACGUUCAGCGGCUGUCCUCAGCAUCCCCUCGGUGAUAAUGGCGUGUAUGGAUGCUGCUGAUGCGGCGGUGCCCGAGGCCUAAACGACCGGUGACUGGGAAACCCGAGAGACGUGGACGUGCGGGUUGUCCACUAUGCGCCUUUCCUUUAACAACCGGUUACAGGAUAACUGCUGUAUCUCGUGUCAGUCUCUUUGCUCGCGUGAAACCGAGGAAUGAAGUGCUGCAACCAUGAUGCAAGGAUUGAAAAAGCGUACCCGAAAGGCCUUUGGGAUACGGAAGAAAGAAAAGGACACUGACUCCACGGGAUCACCAGACAAAGAAAAAUCUAAAAAAGCCAAUGGAGCACCCAAUGGUUUCUGUGGUGAGAUCGAAUGGGAUCGCUAUAACUCUCCCAAUGUGGAUGAUGAGGGCUACAGUGUUAAACCAGGAGAACAAGGAGGAACAGCUCCAAAAGUCCAAAAGAUGCUCUGCUCCUCCAGUGAGUCAGAGGGUGAGGAAGAACAUGAGAAGAAAUUUAAGAUCAAGAUCAAGCCCCUGGCAGUAAAUAGUGGCAGCUGUACAGUGUCUACUAUGGAUGAGCUGAAGGCCUCAGUGGGGACAUUGGCGAUCUCUCCUUCUCCUCUUAGAAAGAGUCCGAGGCGAAGUCCAUGCCAGAUGAAACGAAACAUGUCAAGUGAGGAGAUCGCCAGACCAAGACGAUCUACUCCAACACCCACAACAACACCAGGGCCUAGUUCAGAAACACCCAGAGAAAACACAUCAGCGUUCUUCAGCCCGUCAUUUAAGAGCAGUCUUGAAGCACACAACUCAGAAGUGUUUAUGGUUGAGCCGGAGCUCUGGUGUCAAUCUGCCUCUCUCUCCACCACUUCUCUGAGCAGAUCUCUUCCCACUGGAGCUCCACCUCCACUUCCUCCAAAGAACAUCCCUGUCACUCCGCCUGGACGCAGUUCUAGCUCUUUAGGAUCCUCUGGUUAUUAUAGUGUGGUUCCUAGUGUCAGAGGAGACGGCUCAGCCUCGGCCUAUCAGGACUCUCUUUUAUCAGACCCAGCAGGAGUGGCACCUAUGCCUGACCUGGACAAUGUUUUUGGACCUGUUGAGACCCCCAAGUCUGGUUCAGACAUUGUGCAGUGUAGCUGGGUGAGCUUCACUGACCGCUCACCCGCCAGACCCCCUCCACCAGACGAGCCUGCACCAUCUCCACCUCUGUCCUCUUCGCCCGCGGACUCGCCCGCGGACUCGCCUCCGACCUCACCACUUAACUUUCCGCCACCCGCCUCAUCACCUCCCCCUCUUCACUCCAUCCCGCCUCCAGAUUCUCCUCCACCACCCCCACCCUCAGAGUCCCCCCUGAGCCCCCUGCCCCUUCCCAGCUGCUUUCAGCUACCAGAGUCAGAGCUCGCCCAGGAGAUGCCCAUUUCCCCCACCAGUCCUGGACUGCCUCUAAUGCCAACUGAGCUACUUCCUUAUGGACCCAUACCUUCUCCUCUAGCCCUGAGAGAUAACAGCAGAAGAACGCCUGAGGUAUCUGGGAUGAGAGAGGAGUUUGCUAUGUUUGGCACAUCACCCAAAGACAUCGCAGCAGGAGGGUUCAGGGGAACUCCACCUCCACUGCCGCCUCCUACCUACAGAAACGUGAUGGGUUCUCCAGGGCCUGGCAGUGGGUCAUCCUCUCCAGCACGUGCUUGCACUCCUCUGUCUGCUGGCAGCCCGAUCCCACCUCUACCACCAAGACCAUCUUCAAGACCUAAACUACCACCUGGAAAACCAAACCUAGCAGAUCUGGCUCGUCCCUUCAGUCCCCCCAUCCACUCCUGGAGUCCUCCACCCUUUGCUCCUCUGGCCAGAGCUGAGAGCACCUCCUCCAUCUCCUCUGUCACCUCUCUAAGCGCAGCUUCCACACCUACACUAGGCCGAGAACUCAACUUGUCUGUGUCAGCAUGUUCCAGAGGUCCGAGUCCCCUCACAAUGGGCCCCCAGGACACUCUACCUGUGGCGGCCGCCUUCACAGAGACCAUCAGCGCAUACUUUAAAGGAGCAGAUCCCACUAAGUGUUUAGUGAAGAUCACUGGUGAGAUGGUGCUGUCUUUCCCAGCGGGAAUCACCAGACACUUCUCCACCCUUCCCACCCCACCAGUGCUGACCUUCACCAUCAGCCAGUACAGUCAACUGGAGCAGGUCCUCCCCAACCCACAGCUCCUCUGCUGUGACAUGGCACCACCUACAGGUGACUCAAAGGAGUUUUGGGUGAACAUGCCAAACCUGAUGAGUCACUUGAAAAAAGUAUCUGAGCAGAGGCCACAGGCCACGUAUUACAAUGUGGACAUGCUCAAGUACCAGGUAUCAGCUGAAGGGAUCCAGUCCACUCCACUGAACCUGGCGGUGAGCUGGCGUGGUGAUGCCAGUAGCACAGACCUCAGGAUAGACUAUAAAUACAACACAGAGGCCAUGGCCACACCAACACCCCUCACCAACAUCCAGUUCAUGGCAGCUGUGGAUGGAGGUGUUAACAAACUACAGGCCAUGCUUCCACCUGCAACCUGGUACCCAGAGAUGCAAAAAAUAGCAUGGAAGAUCCCAGAGCUGUCACAGCGGUCUGAAAAUGGAGGGGUGGGCGCUCUACUUGCUCGCUUCCAGUUAGCCGAGGGCCCCAGUACACCAUCACAGCUCACAGUGCAGUUCACCAGUGAGGGCAGCACACUGUCUGGCUGUGAUUUCCAACUUGUAGGCUCAGGCUAUAGACUCUCCCUUAUUAAAAAAAGGUUUUCUGCAGGUAAAUAUUUGGCAGACAACUGAUGAAGCUGCAGCAAUGACCUGCUGUGUGGACUGUGAAUGGGACAUUAGGAUGCUCUUUUGGCACUACAAAGACUUUCGAAAAAUGUUUUUAUUAAAAUUCCACAAGUACAGCACUCAGAAUAUAAUCUCUGGUGUAGAAUUAUCAUCAGUGUGUUUUGUGGGUGUGUGUAUGUGAAUAUUAGCAAAGGUUUUUGUGUGUGUAUGACACAACUUCAGGACAAAUGCAAUAUGUUGACUUUUCCAAUGGUUUUUUGGUGAAGCAGUGUUUCACUUUUCAAUUUUGCACAUUCGCUCUGCCCCAUUACAAUGAACAUUAUAAUUUGUGUUUUAUUUCCAGAUAUCAUUUCACAAUAGUUCUGUUGAAGACUUUCAAUUGGCGUUUGAUCCUAUUAUUGUUCUACAGAGACUACAGGUGA